CUUUUAUGGGUAAAUUUAUUCUCUGAAUAUAUUUAUUUUUGCCGGUUAGAACUUGGAGCAAAUUUCUAUAUAUAUAUUCUGCUCUUUAAUCACCUCCCGAACGCGCCCAAAGCCCCAAACAUCAGUAAAAACAGUCGAAACCUUAACAACGAAACCCAGAAACCAAAGUAGAGACUUGUUUCCUACUCAACACAAGUAGAACAACCUCAAAAAACCUGGCUACCGAUAUCUGGAAACGCCUCUUCCCACCUCGAACUCGGAGAUCGGUUAUUCCCAUUCCCCAUAUUCUAAGUCGCCGGCGGCCCAAUCCCGGAAUGGAGAUUAACCUGUUCCGGCUAUGCUCCGGCCUCAAAGUCAUCGGCUACUUCAUGAUCUUAUUGGUCGCUGCCAUCGUUUCUGUUUCCUACUACGCCGUCGUCGUGCUGACGUGGGGCCCCGAGCUCCGAACCGGCGGCUUCCACUCUUUUCUGGCCAUCUCCAUUGUCGUUCUCUUCCAUUUUUUGCUGGUAAUGUUAUUGUGGUGUUACUUUAUGGUAGUCUUUACAGACCCUGGUUCUGUUCCGGAAAACUGGAAACCUCUUACACAGGAGGAAAUUUUGGAGGCUGGUAGUUCUCUGACUUCAUCGGAGAUCACAGCACCUGAGGCUUUCACUUCCAUGCACUCUACAGAUGGACAGGAAAGAAGACCAGAAGUAGCCUAUUGUAGUCGUUGCCAAAAUGCCAAGCCACCACGGUGCCAUCAUUGCUCAGUUUGUCAAAGAUGUGUACUUAAGAUGGAUCACCAUUGUGUUUGGGUGGUUAAUUGUGUUGGUGCCACCAACUACAAGUCAUUUCUACUUUUCUUGCUUUAUACAUUUUUGGAGACGACAAUGAACACUCUAGUUUUGCUGCCGAAUUUCAUCAACUUUUUUUCUGAAGCCAAGAGUCAUUCCACAUCUCCUGGCAAUCUAGCAGUCGUUUUUGUGACUUUUGUGCUUAAUUUGGCCUUCUCAUUGAGUCUGCUUUGUUUUGUUGUUAUGCACAUAUCCCUUUUGUCAAGCAAUACCACUUCGGUAGAGGUUCAUGAGAAGAGAAGAGGAACCAGAUGGAAGUAUGAUUUAGGCAGGAAGAAGAACUUUGAGCAGGUUUUCGGCACAAAGAAAGCAUUGUGGUUCUUCCCAUUGUUGUCAAAGGAGGAUAUAGACAACAUACCUGCACUUCGGGGUCUGGAAUUUCCCACAGUAUCAGAUAGUGAGGCUUGAUGCUUGAUGCUAAAUUCAACAAAAGAUAGUUCAUUGCUUGUUGCAUACCUCAAUCCCAGUUUAAGGAGACAGUUAAAGGCUCAAAGCGUUGCUGUUUGGAGUACAUGUACUAUUUCUAUGAUUCUGCAUCGUUCUGAUCAUAUCUCAAAUAGAGGUGUGAGGCUCAGUCAUGGAACUUAUGCUUAAGCAACGAAGCAACCGAACUUGAACAUCCCCAGUUAAACAUUAGACCUACUCGCCUACAACAUUUGUUUCCUUUGUUUAUCUAGUACAGGUUAAUUUAUAGGGUUAUUGAAUGUAUUUGUAGUUUAUCUUAAAUAUUUUACUCGAUUAAGGAGGUCAUCUAAUGAUGUGUGAGUAUCUUUUGCUUGGAAAAGAUCUGAUUGUCAUCGUCACUAUUCUCUUUCUUUCCCUUGGAUGGAAGAGCCACGUAAUCACAACAAUGCUAAAAUGGUAGGUACAAUAUUUAAAUCAAGGUGCAUAGAUGAUUGUUAUAUGAGGAUGAUCU